UCAGCAGCAAUGUUAGCGACCAAAGCUUUAUCUUCUCUCUCUACCCUCUGCCUUUCCCGCCCCAUCAUCCCCCGCUCCGCCGCGCCACGGUUGCUCCCUUCUUUUUCCGGCCACGGUUGCUUGGCUUAUCCCUUGUCCUCGGCUGCUCACGUUAGUCUAGCUGAUGGAAACGUAAGUGAAGAAAAAGAGAAAUGGGAUUCCUCGAACGACGAGAGCGAAACGUUUUUGUUUGAAGACGGUGAUGGGGUUUUCGCGGGGGACGAUAUGAAGCGUUUGGAGGCGCCGGUGAUUGAAGUUAAGGAGCUGGAAGAGUUGCCGGAGCAGUGGCGAAGGUCGAAGCUCGCUUGGCUUUGUAAAGAGUUGCCUGCUCAUAAGGCGGGAACUUUGAUUAGGAUAUUGAAUGCGCAAAAGAAGUGGCUGAAACAAGAGGAGGCUACUUACGUGGCUGUUCAUUGUAUGAGAAUUCGAGAAAAUGAAACUGGGUAUAAGGUUUAUAAGUGGAUGAUGCAGCAACAUUGGUAUCGAUUCGAUUUUGCUCUUGCUACCAAGCUAGCGGACUACAUGGGGAAGGAGGGAAAAUUUACAAAAUGUAGGGAGAUAUUUGAUGAUAUCAUCAACCAGGGACGUGUGCCUAGUGAAUCUACAUUUCAUAUUCUAAUCGUUGCGUAUCUUAGUGCACCGGUUCAAGGUUGCCUGGAUGAAGCAUGUGGCAUUUACAAUCGGAUGAUUCAGUUAGGAGGUUACCGACCACGUCUUAGCUUGCAUAACUCACUUUUCCGAUCCAUUCUUAGUAAACUGGGAGGUUCUUCAAAAUAUUAUUUAAAACAGGCUGAGUAUAUCUUUCACAACUUAGAAACAUGUGGCUUGGAGAUUCAAAAGGAUAUAUACGUUGGCCUAAUUUGGUUGCAUAGCUAUCAGGAACUGGUAGAUAACAAGAGGAUAAAAUCGCUGAGGAAAAUGAUGCGAGAAGCGGGUAUGGUGGAGGGAAGAGAAGUGCUCUUGUCCAUCUUGAGAGCUUGUCCAAAGGAAGGGGAUGUAAAGGAAGCCGAAAGAACUUGGAUUGAACUACUCGAUUCUGAUGAUGGUAUCCCUUCUCAAGCUUUUGUUUAUAAAAUAGAAGUUUAUGCAAAAGUCGGAGAAAUUACAAAAUCUUUGGAGGUAUUCAGGAAGAUGCAGAAGCAUUUGGGCUCUGCCAGUGUUGCAGCAUACCACAAGAUUAUAGAGAUUACCUGUAAAUCUGAGCAAAUGGACCUUGCCGAGUCGCUUAUGAAAGAAUUCAUCGAGAGUGGUAAGAAACCUCUUAUGCCAUCUUACAUUGAGCUAACAGAUAUGUUCCUCAAGUCAAACCUUCAUGAUAAGCUGGAGUCGACCUUCAUCGAGUGCCUAGAGAAAUGCCAACCCAACCGGACCAUUUUCAAUAUAUACUUGAACUCAUUGGUUAAAGUCGGUAAUCUUGGCAAAGCAGGGGAAAUUUUCAACCAGAUGCGUGGCAAUGCGAUAAUCGGCAUUAAUGCCAAGUCUUGCAAUACCAUUUUACAAGGAUACCUCUCUUCUGGAGAUUUUUCGAAGGCGGAAAAGAUAUAUGAUCUGAUGUGCGAGAAGAAAUAUGAAAUUGAAUCUCCGCUGAUGGAAAAGCUGGACUCUGUCCUUAGCUCAAGCCGGAAACAGGUCAAGAGACCUGUGAGCCUAAAACUAAGCAAAGAACAAAGAGAGGCUUUAGUGGGGUUGCUUUUAGGAGGUUUACGUAUAGACUCGGAUGAAGAGAGAAAGAAUCAUGUGAUACGGUUCGAGUUCAAUCAAGAUUCCGUCAUGCAUUCAAUUUUGAAGAGACAUGUUCAUGAUCAAUAUCACGAGUGGUUACAUCCUUCGAGUAAGCUAAUAGCUGGAGAUGAUGAUAUCCCGCACAAGUUUAGUACCAUCUCACACUUGUAUUUCGGUUUCUAUGCGGACCAGUUCUUUCCAAAGGGCCAACCAGUGAUCCCGAAACUAAUUCACCGGUGGCUGUCUCCGAUUGUACUUGCUUACUGGUAUAUGUACGGAGGGUAUCGUACGUCAUCCGGCGAUAUUCUUUUGAAGCUGAAAGGGAGCAGUGAGGGUGUAGAGAAAGUCGUGAAAACAUUGAAAGCAAAAUCCCUGAAUUGCAGAGUGAAAAGAAGAGGGGGAGUGUUUUGGCUGGGAUUUCUGGGAAACGAUUCAAUGUGGUUUUGGAAACUGGUGGAACCUCACAUAUUAGAUGACUUGAAAGAUUUUCUCAAGGCAGGCAGUGACGAUUCUGCGGGGGAAUCUUGCUUCCACACUGCAUCCGAUGAUAAUCGGGUACACUUACACAAAUAAAUAAUUAUCUUUUUAUUCAAGCUUUAACA